AUCCCCCGGGCGCCGAUUGGCGGCGGCGCACGCGGCGCGUUCAAACGGCCAGCGGGGCGAUGGAGGCGGCGCAGUUGGCUCUGCACGGCGGCCGUGGAGGAGCCGCUGCCGGGGGGCUGCGGCCCGCGCCGCUGCGUCCUGCGGGACGCCACCGUGCUGCUGGGCCGCAACGAGCUGCGCCAGCCCGUGCUGCGGGUGGUGGGCGGCAGCGGCGCGGCCGCGGUGCUGAGCUUCGCGCUGAGCGGGGACGCCGUGCGGCUCUUCACGCGGUUCGCGGGCGAGGGGCGGGCGGCGGUGCGAGUGGGGCCGGGCGGCGCGCAGGUCCUGCUCUCCGACUGCCCCCCGGACGCGCUGCGCCGCUUCCUCCGCCUCCUGCGGCUCAAAGUGGUCGCCGGGUCGCGGGGCCCGGCGCGCCCCCCGCCCCUGCUGGAGCGGCCGCCGGCGUCCUUCGCCGUGAUCAGCCCGGUACAGGAGCGGGACCUGCUGCGCAACCCCGGCCCCCGCCACGGCUGCGGGGAUGGGCGGGGGGAGUGCCCCGCCGAGGUGCCCCGCGCCGAGAGGCGGCCCCCGGCGCGGCUCUCGGCGGAGCAGGAGGCGGUGCUGGGAGCCGUGCGGAGCGGGAAGAGCAUCUUCUUCACCGGCUGCGCAGGGACUGGGAAGUCCCUCCUGCUGAAGAGGAUCGCGGGCUCCCUCCCUCCGAACGUCACCUAUGCCACAGCCAGCACGGGAGUGGCCGCUUGCCACAUCGGUGGCACCACUCUCCAUGCCUUUGCAGGGAUCGGCUCUGGGAAGGCACCGCUGGAACAGUGCAUUCAGCUGGCGGAGAGGCCGGGGGUGCGCCAGCACUGGCUGGCCUGCCAGCACCUGAUCAUCGAUGAGAUCUCAAUGGUAGAUGGAAAGUUCUUUGACAGGCUGGAGGCAGUGGCAAGGGCAGUCAGAAAACGGGAUGAGCCUUUUGUAGGAAUUCAGCUAAUCAUCUGUGGGGACUUCUUGCAGCUACCUCCAGUUUGCAAGGCUAAUGAAGAAACCAAGUUCUGCUUCCAGGCAAAAAGCUGGAGGAAAUGUAUCCACAUAAACAUGGAGUUGACUGAAGUGCGGCGACAGACUGACAAGACCUUUGUCUCACUCCUGAGUGCAAUACGUUUAGGCAGGUGCACAGAGGAGGUUACCAGGCAGCUGAUGCAGACAGCUACUAACAGGUCUGAGCGUGAUGGGAUCCUGGCUACACGGCUCUGCACCCAUAAAGAUGAUGUCGAAAUAACUAAUGAGAGACGCUUGCAACAGCUAUCAGGAGAAGUGCACACGUUUGAGGCUUUGGAUAGUGACCCAAUGCUAGUGAAGUUAAUUGAUGCUCAGUGUCCUGUGGGUGGUAGAGUUGAGCUGAAGCUUGGAGCUCAGGUGAUGCUAGCAAAGAAUCUGGAUGUGUCUCAAGGGCUGGUGAACGGGGCACGAGGCGUUGUUGUAGGAUUUGAAAGUGAACAGAAGGGGCUGCCUAAGGUGAGGUUUCUCUGUGGGGUCACACAGGUCAUAAGAAUGGAGAAAUGGGUCUUCAAAGGACCAUCAGGAGUUCACCUGAGUCGUCAACAGCUGCCUUUAAAAUUGGCAUGGGCCAUUUCCAUUCACAAGAGUCAGGGCAUGUCUUUAGACUGUGUGGAAAUCUCCCUGUCUCGUGUCUUUGAAAGUGGGUAGGCUUAGGUAGCCCUCUCCCGAGCCCGCAGCCUUGCAGGUCUCCGUGUUCUGGAUUUUGACCCAAAAGUAGUGAGAGCUGAUCCUUCUGUGCUGCACUUCUGUAGACAGCUGAGGCGUCAUCAGCUUUUAACCCAGGAUUCACUACACACCUAUUCAGAUGCUGAUGAGAAGGAGAAUGUGAAAUGCAGCUGAUAAUGUUCUCCUGGUUUCUGUGAAGUGUCAGCACAGACAGCUGAGAUGCAGUGAUCUUGCUAUUGAGUAUAUUUGAUAACACAGAUGCAACUCUAGCAAACAAAAUGACUGAACAAGGAUGUUCCUGAAGGACUUUCCUAUGGUUCUAUCCUGCCUGCCUAGUUGCAUUUAAUGCUCCACAUAUAUAGACUGAAACUUGUGUCCCUUUCUUCAAGUAUACCACUGUUGUGAGAUGGAAGGUGUCUGGAUGGAUUGGACCUGUUCACAGGAGCUGCUGACACAAGGGAAAGCAGUGCUAAGUAUGUGGAAUACACACUUGAUUCUUCUGCAAGCAAGGAGCUGGGCUAUUACUUUACAGCAUGCUUCUUCUGCAAGCAAGGAGCUGGGCUAUUACUUUACAGCAUGCUGAGGUGUUCCAGAUGCUUGACACCAGGAGGCUUUGCAAAACUUCCUCCACAAGCAGAACUGCCAGUUACAUAUUGCUUGUUAUGCUGAUAUGUAGUGUUUUUAUUAGUCUGUUGCAUAAGAUGUGAUUUUUAUUUUUUUAACCCUCUGAGAUGAACUGGCACUGUUUAAAGACAGGAGGAAUUCCUACAUCUUAUACCUGUAAUUAUGGAACUACAAGAAUUGUGAAGGUCUGUUACUCCAUUAGGGAGAAGAUGGGUACUGGUGAGAGUUCCUCUUGUUAAAACAUGAGGCUUGCUCAAAUGAAAGUUGUCCCUGGAAAAAACCUGUCUGACUAAUAAGGUGGAAGUUUAGUGUGAAAUAGGGAAUAAUGGCUAUGGACAUGUGAAGUGAGCUGUAAUGUCACCUGUUUCAGCAAAAGCAGAGAUAAGCAGAAUUAAUAUACUGUCUUAAUUAAGGAAAAGCUUUGGUCUUUGUAUUUUAGCACUUUGUUUAAAACUUAAGUGACUUGUAUAUUUUAAAAUGUUUAACAUCUUAAAACAUGACGUAACAUUCAGCUGGAACUCAUCUCUUUCAGGGUUAUGUCUCUAACAAAACCUCUGCUGUGUGAGUGAGUUGAAGGUCACUUCUUGGCAGCUGCUCUCCUUAAAGCCAGGAAAGGAUGUUGAUUAGCCAGUGGUUAAUAUAGCAGAGAACAGUUUUAAUUGGAUUUCAAAAUGCAUAUUUUAAGUGGGGGUUGAGGUUUUUUUUCUGGGCUUGAAAGGUAGAGUUUUGGAGGGAGUCAUAGUAGAAGACAGAAGUGUGACUAUUAUUCAGAGGGGCUCUUAAUGUAUCAGCACAUUGUUUCUUCAAAGAAGUCUGGUGGGGAGUGGAUGAAGUAGCUGGAGCCUGUGGAAGACAAGCCCUUUCCCCCUCACACUGCAAGCUGUAAACUUUUUAAAUUAUUUUUUUUAAACAACACAUCCCAAUUCUUUGAGCUGGAUGUAAGCUGUUUGUCCACCUUGGGGAGAAACUGAAGAUUAACUUCUCCCUGCCCUCACAGCUGGCAAGGAGGGUGCUGGCACACUAAAGCAUCAUUUCUGGUGCAGAUGAGCACUGAGGUGUGAUUGUUUGGCCUGCAGCUUCCAGAGCUUCCACUAGAGCUGGGUGAGGGCCCGACUGUUGCAGGCUGUGUCCCCCAGCUGACAGUGCCAGUACCCAGGUGGGGUGCCCAUGAGCACGGUGUGCUCAGGUUCAGCCCCCUCCUCCUGUGGUAGGACACAGGGGUUGCAGGUGUGGCAGGCUGGCUCUAGCCUUUCCUUGGACACCUCUUGUUCCCCCAGCUGCUGUGUCCCCAUCUUGAAGCACUCUUGCUCUUUCCUCAUGCUGCUGUUCUGCAGUGGGUGCCUUGGCACAGAAUCUGUGCUGUGCCACUCAUGCCUCCUGUAUAAUUCCAACUGUGCCUCAAUGUGCAUCCUCCACCUUGGUGUGGGUUGAGUUUUUGCUUUUGUUCACCCCCCAUGCCCCUUGUGCAGGUGGCAGAGGCUGUGGGUACCCUGAUCAUCAGGGCAAGGCUGUCCAGGCAGGCAGGGAUGCCCAAGGGGUAGCCUUAAAGCCUGUAUGCUUGGUCAGGGGGCUGGGCUGGGUCCAGUUUGCACUCUUUUUAGAGAUGGGAUGCUGCAGUAUGAGGGCUUUGUGUUGCACUGGAGGUUGAGUUGUGGGAUCUGAAAUGCCCAGAAUGUCAGUGGGUUUUACUCCUGGGGUAGACAGCUAGGAAGGAUACGCCAGCCGUGUCCAGUCAUACACAAUACAUUGAUUUACUGACAGGUUGCAUAAGAGUGAUGAGAUAAUGCAGGCUCAAAUCCUUUAACAUCUCUUAAAAAGUUCCUGUAUUGCUGCAAUGAAAAGAUAAUUUAGAGUGUAAGAGUGGUGAUUAUGCAAAUAAACUUCUAAUUGUGAUUUUAAGAAGCAACUCACUUGACUGUAGUUUUCCUGGAUUUAGGGACUGAAAUCUUUCCAGUUGUGUGGCAGUUUUUUUGGUGCCAAGCUGAGGUUUGAGAUAAAAUGCUGAACAGAACUUAAAGCUGGAAAGGCUAAUCAAUAUUUCAUGUUAGUAUUAAAUAUACAUGAAAUAUUGUGGUUGCCUUCUCAAUGAUGGAACUGUGGGAACAGAAUAGUGGUGGCUUUUGAAGGGCUGGCAGCUGUUCUGAGGCCAAAAGGGGUCCGUCUGUGUAAAUUUUGGAUGUUCUUACUUCCAGCUAAAGCAGAUGUAGGGAGGGAGGCUGUGUCUGGAGGCUGCUAUUUAAAUCAGAAAAGAAGCAGUCAGGACAAAUCUGAGCUGUCAGGCUCUGUCAUGGCUCCCCUUCAGUCAGGGUUGUGAUGAGGCCUUUUUUAACAGAAUAAUACUUCCAUAUAUACAUGAGGUAAAAAUCUUGUAAUACAAUAAAUAUCCCUUCUUCCAAGUUUUCCAUAAUGUGUUGAUUUUUCUUUCAGAGGGACAGUCUGUCGCUAGAACCCAGUAUAACAACAUGGGAUUUUUUUUUUAAGGAACUCUUUAUUGUGGUAAUUGUACUGCAAGAACAGAGCUCCUUCUCUCUUCAUUAGUCAGUAAAAUGAAGAAGAAUCUGAAGGCUGAGCAGCUUUUUAUACAAGGCUGCCACAAAGCCAUCCUCAAAAUGUCUGGUGCUGCUGUUGCUUUCACCUGCUGAAGCAAGGUGGGCUUAGCAGGCUCGAUUCUUGUAAGGACAAUUCACAUGGCUCGUGGCAGAGCAAGCACCUGUGCCAUUCUCCACUUACACAACCUGGAGUUCAUGCUUCUCCCCUGCCCCUCCAUGGAUCUUCUCCACAGGCUGUGGUCCUUCAGGGAGAAGUCUGCUCCACCACGGUCUUGCUGGGGGCUGCAGGGGCACCUGGAGCUCCUCCUCCACCUCUGACCUGGGUGAUCGUUUCUCACGCAUUGUCCCCCACACUCUGCAGUUUUUCCCCCUCUGUCUGUUGUUACCACCAGUGUCAGUGAGGGGCUCAGCUGUGCCCCGUGGUGGGGUUGUCCUGGAACUGGCUGGAAUUCGCUGUGUCGGGCACGGGGCGGCCCCGACCUCUCCUCACAGAGAUUCCCAACACAUGUGCACAGGCACCUCAUACACCAAGUGUGUGAGCAUCUUUCAAACUGCCCCACCACCCUUGCCUGCAGCAGUUGGGUGGUUGGAUAUCCUGGGAUACAGAGGAAAGGCUGGAGGUGCUGUGGUAGGUGAGGGGGAAUGGCUGGUGAUGGAGGAGCUGCCACGGCCAUGGGGCACCGGGCAGGAGCUGGCCUGGGGUGCAGCUGGAGCCCAGCUGGUGGGAGAGGCACUCCAUGAGGGCACAUGGCUGUGCAGCAGGGGCCUGGGUCCCUGUGGAAGAGGAGGCUUCCAUUACUGCACUCCCAUAAACAUGGGGAAUUAAUAUUGUCCUCUGCUUUCACAAACUGAAGAGCAAGAAUUUAAGCUUGGUGUUUGCCUUAACUGCAGCUAUCAUUAAGUGAAUUAAACUAAGAGUUAGAUACAUAAUUGGUAUUUCUGUUACCACAAAGUACAGCCAUUCUCUUUUCAAAUACAUUAAACAAUAAGAAACUGCUUUAUACCAGCUAAAGCUUCAUAAUACAUUUAUGUGUUAUUGGAAGCAUAAUUCACAAGCAGAGUGUUAUUAAAACCUUACCAGCUUCCAGUUUAAAUCUUUGUACAGUGAUUUAGCGCUCUUCUUGUUUCUUUAUGUGACAUUUUCACAAUAAUUAAACAUGAAUGUGUCCUCAGAGUCUGUACCCACAAGUCCUGUGAGUGCAGGAAAGGCAACAACAGUCCUGUUGAUCUCAGAUGCUGUAAUAAGAUUGUGUCCAGGAAUUAGAUCUUCAUAUCCAGAGUUGCUCUGAAUAGAUGAAACAAAUACUACUCUUAAGUGAUGGAAAUAGAGUACAUUAUAGGUUAUGUUAUGAAUGCUAAUAAUGUAAUUUUUCUCACAGAUAUGAAAAGUUUCUCAUUUUGUAUUAUGUCACUCUGUGACAUGCAAUUGUCUUCUACUGUUAAAUCUAAGCAGCUCUAUUAUUAGCCUGAGAAAAGACCUGAAUUGCUAGAGAUUGCAUUUAGAUGUGUAAAAUCUCUAUUUCCCUGCUUCCUGUAUAAUUAUUUUAUGCUUGUUUCUAUUACAGAUUAUAAGGAUGUUGGAUGGAAUUUUUUAGCUAAACUACUGACUAGGAUAUAAUGUAUGAAAUCUGGUUGUAAAAGCAAAAUAAGUUAAUAAAAAAAUCUAAGAGUAAA